AUGGGUGUGGAUAUGAGCAGUUGUAGUGGUGGUGGUAACAAUGGCGAUGGCGGUGGCGGUGGUGGAGAUGGUGGUGGUAAUUCGAAAAAGGUGAAGCAAAAAAAAGUUCCACAGAGAGGAUUAGGUGUGGCUCAACUAGAAAAGAUUAGAUUGGAAGAACAACAAAAAAAUGAUGCAGCUUUACUGGCAGCUAAUCUUUUGGCCAAAUCAAUUGUUUCACCUUCUUCAAAUUCAAUCCCUUUAGUCCCACCAUCACCAAAUGAUCUUGCUUCGCCUAAUUCUUCAUAUAAUCUUUCCCAAUCAAUUCCAUACAUCGAGUUUUUACAUCCGAAUUCAGUUCGAUUCUCGAAGCCAUUGAAUGUGAGUGGAGGGGAAACAGGUUUGGAGCACAGCAGUUGGUCUAAAUUGUGGAAUGGUGAGUACAAUCUUGAAGGAAGAGAUCUUCAUAGAUUCACCAUUCGACCUCACACGAAUUUUCCAUAUGAGUCGAACCCUCCCGGUUUUUUGCCCCGUCCAAGUGCACAACAAAGUGUGCAUCAAUUCCAGCCACCCGCUUCUUCAUCAAUGGUGAAUGCCUCCUCAGGGAUUUCAUCAUCAUCUGUGCUAAAUUUUCAGAUGGAGCCCCCUUCAAACCAAAGUUAUCUUGGCAACAAUUAUCGACCAUUUUGGCCAGAGGAGGAGAAGAUGGUUGGCAUAAAGAGGUCAUAUCCCAUCUCUAUGGAAACUCCUCCAGCCCCUUCUUUCCAAGGCAAAUUUCUUCCCACCCAUCUAAUCGCCAUUUCGGGAUCAGAUGAAUCUGGUUCAUGUAGCAAUGGAUGCAUCACACAGAUGGAACCAAGCAUUAAAAAAUGCAGCAGAGAGGGCCCUUUGACCCCAAACCCCCUGCUCGAGCGAAAUCCAAAUGAAGUAACUAGAGAAAAUAGAGGUCUGAAUGUAGAUUUCCUCACAUUGGCUCCUCCAGCUGCUUCCUCUCCUCUGAGCUCAGAACAUAAGCAUCCGUUCGCAUUUUUGGGCCAUCACGAGCAAGAGUUAUCUGAUUUCAAAUAUAUUCAUAGUCAGGGACGUGCCAAAGAUCCAGACCGAGGGUCGACCCAACAACCACCUUUUACCUUUUUCCCGUCCAAGGUACAAAUCGGACAAGGAUCAAGUUGCUUCGACUAUGGCAAUGGUGAAAAACAAGAAACGAUUGAUCUCAAUCUAAAGCUAUAG